AUGGCAUCAAAACGCAGUGUUGUCGUCACCGGAGGCGCAUCCGGGAUAGGACUGGGUAUUACGAAGCAUUUUAUCCAGGACCCUAAUACCCAAAUUACUAUCUUGGAUAUCAACCCCAAAACUGGCGCCGAAACUAUCGAGAAACUUCUUGCAGAAUUUCCAUCAGCCAGAAUCUCCUUCGAGGAAUGUGAUGUCUCUUCAUGGGAAAGUCAAGCGUCGGCCUUUGAAAAGAUCUUCGAGCAGCAAGGUCAAAUUGACAUUGUCUUCGCCAAUGCAGGAAUCACAGAGUGUGGGAGUUUGCUGCCCCUGAAGGGUGGAGAUCUUAGCACCAGGCCAUCGAAGCCGAACCUAGCGACCGUAAAUGUGAACUUUGUUGGGGUGAUCUACUCGGUACAACUAGCGAUUCACUAUAUGGCUCGUAAUAAACUGGCACCUAGCGAGGACUCCUCAAAUGGUCUGAUUGUAUGCACUGCAUCAAAUGCUGGAUUAUAUCCAUUACCAAUCGCUCCAUUAUACGCAGCUACAAAGCAUGGAGUGAUCGGUCUGGUUCGAUCAUUGGGGAGAUCACUUUUACCAGAAAAUAUUCGUAUUAAUGCGCUAGCACCUGCUGUCGUCGAAACAAACAUCGCUUCUAAUAAGGAUUUGUUCCAAUCAAUGGUUAUUACUCCCAUGUCCACAGUAACUAAAGCUGUGACGCAGUUGGUGGACGAUAUCACUCUAACAGGGAAAGUUGCCGAACUACAUGGAGGAUCUGUCACCUUUGCAGAGCCCCCAGCAUAUGUGGAUGAGGAUACUGGGAGAAAUAUUGAAACGUUUUGGAAUCUAGGUAUUGCAUAA